AUGGUGCUUCUGCAGCAGGAGAUGACCACCAGAGAGCGACAGCGAGCCUCAGUCAGAGUUCGCAUCAGUGUUGUGGAUGGAGAUGAUCAAUAUCCGCAUUUCCUCCCAUGUCAGCUCAUGUCACAUGAUGUACUCAGUGUCUGCGUGAGCCCAAUGUAUACUGCAAAUAUCACAGAGCGAGAAGAACUGACAGGACCCAUCACAUUUUCUCCAGGUCCAAUCUUUGCAGAAGAUGGUGACAGAGGAAUAAUGGCACCAAUUUCAUAUUCUCUUCUAUCAGGUCCUGACAGUGACAUUUUCCAAAUAGACAACAUAACCGGAUCAGUUUCCCUCCUACAUCCUGUGGAGAACAAACCCGGCUCCUCCAUCCUCAAUCUGAAGGUUAUGGCCUCACAGGUUGGUGACCCCAGGAAGUACUCUAUAACUGAGGUCCAAGUCCGAAUUUUGUCAGCCAAUCAGCAUGCUCCUCAGUUUGCCUCCACCCAAUACCAGGCCUUUGUUCAUGAAGAUCCCAGCCCUGCAGCUUUAGUGAGCACGUAUAACAGCAGAGUGCUCUCCCUCACACCAUUGGAUGAAGACUUCCCUAAUGCUUCCAAUCCACAGAUUCGCCUUAGUCUCAAUUCCUUGUCCAAUCACAGCCAGCUGUUCCAGAUCACGCCAAGUGGGUUGCUUAUAGCCAAAACCAAUCAGCUGCAAGCACCAGAACAUUAUUACUUGCAGGUAAUUGCACGAGAUGAAGAGUCAGGAGAAACUGCAAACUGCUCGGUAACUGUAAAGGUGCUGGCUCAUGGGCAGGCAGCCCCUCGGGACCCUUCUGAAUCACAGCCAAUCUUCACUUUACCUGACCUCCCCAUUCUGGCAGGCGGAUUGGGGGUUCUCAUUUUCUUGUUUGCGGCCAUGCUUUGCCUCCUUAUUCGGAUAGUGAAGGGUCAUCGUCAGCAGCAGCAGCAAAUGAGCCGGACAUCCCUAGUGACCGAGAAGCACCCAAGUGUGAUGAAUCCUGGUAAAUCAUCCCCUCCCACAGAAGAGCAGUGCUACCAAAAUGCAGCCUAUAGUGAGACCCCUGGAGAGGAGAGUGCGGGUCAGGAGAGAAGGAACAUACCUUCAGUCAGUGGGCAAAACAGAACCAAAGAGCCUGGAAAGAUUGAUGGGAACCAAGGGAAGCAACAAAGGAAGACCCCAGCAGUGGCCAUUAUAUCACCUGGUAACCAGUGUAUGGGAAGGUCCCCGUGUAUAAACAGUAGACAAGAGGCUGCAAAACCCAUAAAGACCACGAUGGACACUUCAACAAUAGAAAAAAACAAAGUGGAGACUGCCCAAGUCCUGGUGAUCACAGAAGGAACUGACAGCCCUCCAUUAAUGGUCCCUCCAGUUGGGAGCUGUAGUCCCCAAACAUCCAGUGAUCAGCUUGUCCCUACUGACCCUGGUCAGGACGAACCAGAUAGACAGGAUGGACCAGUGAUGUGGCCAGACCCUCCUCUUCUGUCUAGGCUGCCCAUUGUUGUAGAAGUGAACGAGGAGCUGGUGGAGCCUGAAGCGGAACGGAAUGAGAGUGCGCCCCUGAUGGGCAGUGAGGUUAUCACACCUGGUUCACUUAUGCAAUUAAUGGAAGACUCCAUUGAAUGUUAACCCGUUCAUGCCUUAGUGCAUUGCCCUUCCUGUUUAAUAUUUAUUUAUUGUCAUUUAUCUGUAUUUGUAUGUGUUUUUAUGAUUUCUGUAUUCAUGUUGAUGAUAAAAAAAAUGUUUAUGGUCACUACAA